AAAAAGAAACAAAUUUGCAUUUAUAUCCUCAUCGUAUCGUAUAUCACACUAGCAUAAUUGACACUCAUUAUAUUUGAUUAUUCGAAACGAAACUAUUUUAAUUAUACAAAAUGGGUAACAAAAAUUCAUGUUGCGCUUACUCAAGUCCUCAAUCCGAUCGUAAAACGAAAGAUAUGCCUCCAGUUUAUGAAGAACGUCAUAUACAUCACACACACUCAUCGCAACAUCAACUAGAUAGCAAUAUAUCCUCAACUGCUGCCAUACAUCAUAGCGCCGGCACGCUUGACAAUCCACACAAUUUACAACACAUCUCGGAGCGAGAAGCUCUCGAGGGUGAAGAAGAUCCAUCAGUUGAUCCCACUGCAGCGACAAUGUUCCUUGAACGUUCCAAAAUUGAAAAUGGUGGCAUAACACGUAAGCGUUCGCAACAUCAAAUCGCUCAACAGGCUGCAAAUUCAACAGGAUGUGGACUUAAAAAAAGCUCAUCAUGCUCCACUAUUUAUCUGGACGAUAGUACUGUAUCUCAACCUAAUCUCAAAAAUACUGUAAAAUGUGUAUCACUCGCCAUUUAUUAUCACAUUAAGAAUCGUCAAUCGGAUCGACGACUAAAUAUAUUCGAUGAAAAAUUACAUCCACUGACACAUGAUCCAGUACCAGAUGAUUAUGAUUCGCACAAUCCAGAACAUCGGCAAAUAUAUAAAUUUGUACGUACACUUUUCAAUGCAGCGCAAUUAACUGCUGAAUGCGCUAUUAUAACCCUAGUCUAUCUAGAACGAUUGCUUACAUAUGCUGACCUCGAUGUAGCACCUUGUAAUUGGAAACGUAUGGUUUUAGGUGCCAUAUUGCUCGCCUCAAAAGUCUGGGACGAUCAAGCCGUCUGGAACGUUGAUUACUGCCAGAUUUUAAAAGAUAUUACAGUUGAGGAUAUGAAUGAGCUCGAAAGGCAAUUUCUUGAAUUGCUACAAUUCAAUAUAAACGUACCCUCGUCCGUCUAUGCCAAAUACUAUUUCGAUUUACGUACAUUAGCUGAAGCAAAUGAUCUCUCCUUUCCCACAGAGCCACUGUCAAAAGAACGCGCCCAAAAACUUGAAGCUAUGUCGCGUGUUAUGCAAGAUAAAGUUACAGCUGAAGCGCUCAAAAACGGUAUUAAAAAAUGGUCAUCUAUGGAUAACAUUAGUCAAGGCGGUCCAAGAAGGAGCGUUGCUAUAUUAUCGUGAUUUUUAUUAGUGUAUUAAGUAUAUUGAAAUGAAAAGGAAUUGGAUUCAGAAAUUAGCCGUCUGAGUGAUUAAUAGAACGAACCGAUGAAAGUUUUAUAAGCGGUGUGAUAGAAUGCACGCAGGUGUGCCAAUAAUUUAUGUAAAGAAUGUUCAACAUCAAUUCUAUUUUAUGAUUAUAUAUAUUAUUAUAUAUAUAUGUGUAGAUAUGAAUAUGUAUAUAUAUGAAUAUGUAUAUUUAUAUUGGGUGUUUCCAAUCACAUGGCAUAAAUGUGGAAGAUUUUUCUUUAGUCAAAGAAACAAAAAAAAAAAAAUCGUAUAGGGGGGAGAGUGGAUCUGUUUAUUUUUAAUAUUAGUCGAUGUAUAAAAUUUAAAAAAAAAAAUACUUUAAAAAUAAAACUUUCUAACAAAAUCGGCUUAUCUUACUAGAUACAGUCUAUCGACUUAGUUAAUAUAAUAACUAAUUGGUUUCAUACAAUCGGUCGCUUAAGUGAAUAAUUUAGUCUUUUUUCCGAUUAAAACCCACAAAUUUAUAUUUUUUUAAUACUCAUACGCUCUAGUAAAUCUGUGCGUUUUAUUGAAAAAACUACCAUCGUUUAUUGCAAAGACCGAUUGUAGAAGAACGGUGCGUUAUAGAUCAAUUUUUUUUCUAAAUAAUGUGCGUAAGAUAUAAAUUGGUUGAAAUAUAAAAAAACUAACAAAUU